UGAACAGAGUAUCUGCCAGGCACGAGCUGCUGUUAUGGUUUACGAUGAUGCCAACAAGAAGUGGAUCCCAGCUGGUGGCUCCACAGGCUUCAGCAGAGUCCACAUUUACCACCACACAGGCAACAACGCCUUCCGCGUGGUGGGACGCAAGAUCCAAGACCAUCAGGUGGUGAUAAACUGUGCCAUUCCCAAGGGGCUGAAGUACAACCAGGCCACGCAGACCUUCCACCAGUGGCGCGAUGCUCGGCAGGUCUACGGCCUCAACUUUGGCAGCAAGGAGGACGCCAACGUCUUCGCCAGUGCCAUGAUGCACGCACUGGAGGUGCUCAACUCCCAGGACACAGGCCCCACGCUGCCCCGACAGAGCCAGCAGGUUCAAAAUGGCCCCACGCAAGAGGAGAUGGACCUCCAGAGAAGUGUACCAUCUUCUGAUGACUACUCCCAGCAGGAUAACACUCCAUGUCAUAAAGCAUGAAUCAUCUCWGACUGG